AACCAGGACAACAUGAUGAUUUGUAGAUAAAGGAGGAAUUAUAAUAAUAAAGGGUUAAUGAAAGAAAUAUUGGAGAAUGUUUAGCAUGUUUAGAGAAAAUGUCUUUUUCAGAGGUACAAAAUGUAUUGUACUGCUCGAAUUUGUGUAACAUGUACUGUAAAUGUCAUUUACUCCAGUCAAAUGAAGAAAUUGUGAGAUAUGUAUAUUGAGUGCCUGGAAUGUAUUGUACUGCUCCAAUCUGUGUAACAUGUACUGUAAAUGUCAUUUACUCCAGUCAAAUGAAGAAAUUGUGAGAUAUGUAUAUUGAGUGCCUGGAAUGUAUUGUACUGCUCCAAUCUGUGUAACAUGUACUGUAAAUGUCAUUUACUCCAGUCAAAUGAAGAAAUUGUGAGAUAUGUAUAUUAAGUGCCUGGAAUGUAUUGUACUGCUCCAAUCUGUGUAACAUGUACUGUAAAUGUCAUUUACUCCAGUCAAAUGAAGAAAUUGUGAGAUAUGUAUAUUGAGUGCCUGGAAUGUAUUGUACUGCUCCAAUCUGUGUAACAUGUACUGUAAAUGUCAUUUACUCCAGUCAAAUGAAGAAAUUUAACAGGAUAUGGAUAGAGUGAUAAGAACUUUGUGGAAACAGUGGGAUUCAGAGAGCCCAAAGGAGAAAAAAAUUGUUAUUGGAGUCAUAGCUGGAAGUUACCUUUCAUAUCGGGCAGGAAAAAUACUUCACCAUUAUUAUAAGAAAUAUGAAAACAACCAGAAAAUUAAAAGGAAGCAGGAAGAAUGCAGAGAGUCAAAAGAGAAACUUAAGGAAUUUCUCAUGGAGAAAAAAAUUUCCAAAGAAGCUGUACAGAGAAUAGUGAGCCUUCCAUUUAAAGAUCUUCAAACAGAAUUACAAUCAGGAAAGAUAACUGCUGUUGAAGUAUUACAUGCUUAUCAAAUAAAGGCACUGGAAGUUGAUAAACUUACAAACUGUAUAACAGAAGUAAUAUGGGAGGCUGAGGAGAUUGCUUUAAGUAGAGAUUUGAAUGCCAAUAAGAAGGGUCCACUUCAUGGUAUACCAAUAAGUUUAAAAGAAAGCUUUAUGAUUCCUGGUUAUGAUUGCACAGCUGGACUAGCUUUCUACUUAGAUAAACCUGCUAAACAAGAGAAUGUUCUUGUACAGGUUUUGAAACAGGCAGGAGCAGUACCGUUUGUCAGAACAAACAUUCCACAAGGAAUGAUGACAUACGAAUGCUCAAAUCCCAUCCAUGGCAUCACAGGCAAUCCACACGAUCCUAAACGUAUACCAGGAGGGUCAUCUGGAGGGGAAGGAGCAUUAAUUGCAGGAGGAGGAUCUAUCUUAGGUUUUGGAAGUGACAUUGGAGGUAGUCUCAGAAUUCCUGCUCACAUGUGUGGAUGUUGCUCUCUCAAACCUACUGUUGGAAGGCUCAGUGAUGAAGGGCAGAAUGAUUUUGGAGAUGGACAAACCUUAGUAAUUGCUACACCAGGACCGAUGGCAGCAGAUGUAGAUGGCCUGGUUUCCAGUAUGAAGUGUUUACUGGUACCCAAAAUGUUUAAUCUAGAUCCAGCAGUAUCCCCUGUUCCAUUCAGAAAUGAGAUAUAUGAAGAGAAACGUAAGCUAAAUAUUGGAUUUUAUGUAGAUGAUGGAAGUUUGAAAUCUAUUCCUGCAUGUCAGAGAGCAGUCUUAGAGGUCAAGGCCAUGUUAGAAUCACAAGGUCACACAUUGAUCCCUUUUGAACCUUUAGAUAUUUCCAAGAUGUCAGAACUGUUUAUAAAAGCAACAUUUGCUGAUGGUGGUAAAAUUUUUGUUGACAUUCUAUCAACAGACCAAGUAGAUCCAACAAUAUCUAUUACAAUGAUGUCAUUUAAAAUGCCUAAAUGGUUGUAUAAGGUAAUGGUUAUGGUUGGGAGAUUACUAACUAAGGACCAUAUGAUGACUGUAUUUGGAAAUAGUUUCCUUGGGGUAAAAUCAAUAACAGAGUACUGGGAUUUAGCUUUACAGAUUAAGGAAUAUAAAACAGAAUUUCUUAAGAAAUGGAGAGACAAUAAGUUAGAUGCUAUGAUUUGUCCAGGGUUUGCUUACACAGCUAUUCCACAUGGUACAGUGCAGUAUGUAAUCAGUGGAGUGACUUAUACCAUCUUAUAUAACUUGUUGAAUUAUCCUGCUGGGAUUUUGAAAGUAACAAACGUGAAGCAACAAGACAUUGAUAACUUUAAAGACUAUCCUUCAAAUACAUACACAGAAAAGUUAGUUAAAGAGCACUGUAAGGACUCUGUAGGUUUACCUGUUGGUGUACAGUUUGUUGGUUUGCCAUAUCAAGAAGAAUUGGUGUUACAAUUGAUGAAAGCUGUGGAAACUAGUCUAAAAACUGGAAAACCUUAAUUGACUAGCUUUAUUUAGCUGAUACUAAGAAUAUUUGCUCAAAUUGUUAUCAACUUCUGUCCUUACUUUCUCAAAUAAUAGCACAACUUAACAUAUCAAAAGUCCUUAUUAAGCUAUACAAGAAUUACUGCUCAUAAGCCCUCAGUAAACCAUACAUGGAUGACGGCUUACAAGUUAUGCAACUGUUUCUGAAAUAAUGACUUAUUUUUAUCUUUUUGAAGGUCUCAGAAGUUGCACUUAUUUCUUUGAAUGCAUAAGACUGCAAAAGAAAUGUUAUAUUUACUUAGUAUACACUAAUUUAUAAUUCCUGUGUUAUAUUACACUGCUUAUCCUGAAGGCUUAACCCUUUUACAAUACCAAUUGCUUAAUCAUUAUACCAAAUUGCAGUUUGAAUACAACUUUUCAAACACAUCAACUGAUAAAACAGUUUAACUCAUAGCUAAUGAAAGGUUUUUAGUUUGAAUCAAUUGCAGUGUAUUAAAAAGUAUGCUUACAAUUUCACAUCUAUCAUUCAAAUUAUCUAGAUGUAUGUUUUUAAACAUAUAUCAAUUUAUGAAGUCAUAUAAAAGUAAGGUAAUCAUUUUUGAAUUGCUAUAUAAUUGUCAAGUCUAAAGUUUUUGCACUUUUCCCUUUAAAUUGUUUAUAUAUUUCACAAACAGACAUCAAAUCAAGUUGAAUUAAAACAUGGUAUAUACAUCAAAAUAUAUGUGAAGUAAAUAUUUGCUGUCAAUAAGAUUCCAUGGGAGAUAAUCUGAUAUCUAUGGAAUAUCUAUAGUGAUUUGACUCUUUGUCUCCCUUUAAAACUUCAAGAAAACAUAUUCAAGAUAAAUAAAUAUGUUUCCUUGAGUGGUUUAAAUAUUGACUGAAAGACAACUCUGUAACAUCUAAAGACAAUUUAAAUUUUAAAAGAGAUAAUUUGAAAACUUUAAACUGGACGUUGUCUCAUUGGCACUCAUACCACAUCUUCUUAUAUCUAAUUAUUACAGCAAUUAAAAAACUACUAUAUUACCUUUGAUAUGCCUUUACAAUUGAUAUACUUUCUAAGAUCUAUAUUAAUGUAAUGACAGAUGAGGUAUUGAUAUACUUUCUAAGAUCUAUAUUAAUGUAAUGACAGAUGAGGUAUUGAAAAGUAUAAUUUUUUAAUACAUUGCACUUGCUUCAAACUAACAAUAUUUCUCAAGCUAUAGGCUAAACUAUUUUACCAGUUGAUCAGUUUGUAGAGAUGAAUUCAAACUGCAACUUUGGUAAAACGGUCUUGCAAUUGGUAUUAUAAAAGGGCAAGGCCUUUAGGAUAAGCACUGUAACUAAUGUAAAAAUGAUAAAAUGGCAGAUAGCAAUUGUAAAGUUGUUUUUGAGUAUUGAGAUUUUGAUUUGUUUUAAUAAUUACAAAAAUUGAAACAAGAUGAGGAUAUUCAGUAAUUUGAUCUUUUUUGAAAGUAGAAAUUUAUGAUAAUAUAGAUCCAGUUAACUUUAUUAAUAAUUAAUGAAGGUAGAAUAAUACUGACAAGCAAUGAUAACCUUAAAAUUAUUUGGGAGAUAGCAUACUAUGUUGCUAAAUCUGAAACUUAAGAUCAAGAACUAUCAAUGACAUGUGUAAAAAUGUGGACAUUUAUUUCUGAAAUAAUAAGGAUAUCACUUUUCUUCUACAUCUAUCUCCAGAAAAACAUACUGUAUGAAUAUUUAUUGCUAUAGAAAUAUUAUUCAUUUUGACAUCUUUUGACUUUAUAUUAUUGGUGAUUUUUUACAUCGUUUGACUUUAUAUUAUUGGUGAUUUUUUACAUCGUUUGACUUUAUAUUACUGGUGAUUUUUUUACAUCUAUUGUGUUUAUAUAACUGGUGAUUUUUAUACUAUUGUUGAUUGUAAUGUAACAUCUAUUAAUUUUGAUGUUUUAGUGCCAUAAAAAAGUCCCAAAAUAUUGUGAUUUGUUUACGCAAUUAUUUUUCAUUAAUUAUAAAUUAUAUUGAGAAUAAUAUGUUGUUAAUCUCAUUUUUAGCUCAUCUAGCCUAAAGGCCAAGUGAGCUUUUCUCAUCACUUGGCGUCCAUCGUUGUCGUCCUCUGUUAAAUUUUACAAAAAUCUACUCCUCUGAAACUACAGGGUCAAAUUUAACCAAACUUAGCCACAAUCAUUAUUGGGGUAUCUAGUUUAAAAAAUGUGUCCAAUAAUCCAGCCUGUCAACAAAGAUGGCUGACAUGUCUAAAAAUAGAACAUAGGGGUAAAAUGAAAAUUUUUGUCUAUUAUUUUGAAAAGAAUAAUAGAUACAGAGAAAUUUUCAUUUGGAAGAAUGAUUAGCAAGACAAGAUCUACAAAUAAUUAACAUGGCUGAAAUCAUCGAAUGACUCUUUAUUUGAGUUAUUGCUCUCUAAUGACGAUUUUAACUUUUGUGAGUUUUGCCUUAUAUCCUUUAUAGAUGAAAAGAAACUUUAAAAGGCUAAAAUGAUCAACAAGUCAAGAUCUACAAAUUAGUCAAACAUGAACGAAACCGUCAGUUGACUCCUUGUUGAAGUUAUUGCCCUUUAAUGACGAUUUUUCCCAACUUUUUGCAUUUUUGACUGAUUUUUAAAACUAUAAUAGAUAGAUAGAAACUCUAUAGCAAAAGUGAUCAGCAAGACAAGAUCCACGAAUAAGCCAUAUUGGCUGAAAUCUUUAGUCGACUGGUUAAUGGAGUUUUUUCCUGUUUAGGCCCAAAAAAAAUAUAUGUCUGUUUAAGGUUACAUACUUUAAAAAAAUAGGGUAGGUAGGUCGGUAUUUCCAUUUUAUUUUUUGUGACAUGAUUUUGAGUCAUGCCGUUUCGACUUGUCGUUGUCCGAGUUGAUCAUGGGCCGAGUUUACCCGUAUUUUUGAUGAUUGGAUUAUUUCCCUUGGAAAAAAAUGGCGGCAAAGUGUUUAUUUCAUCACACGAGUUGCGAAUUUCCUUAAAACAGUUGUCAUAUUCACGAUUGUGAACAUUGGGAUGUAUCAGGCAAUUGAUUUAUAUCAUUUGCAACACUAACUUCGCUUUUGACACGAGUUCAGUUUAUUUUUCGACUUAGGGUCGGUGUUCAAAAGUAGGGUAGGUCGGGUAACCGUAAACAGACAUAUAUUUUUUUAUGGCCUUAAGAUGUUUUUACCAUUUUUUGGAGUUUUUGCCUAUUAUCUUGAAAAGUGUAAAAGAUACAAAAGUAGAUAGAAACUUUUAAAAGCAAAAAUGAUCAGCAGGACAAUUUCUACAAAUAAUUGUCAACAUGACUGAAAUUGUCAGUUAACUCUUUAUCGAGUUAUUGCCCUUUCAUGAUGAUUUUUUUACUAAAAAUGGCUUGAAGAUGCAGGUGAGCGACAUAGGCUCUUCAGAGUUAUGAAUAUUAGUGAAUUUUGAAAAUCUAUAAACUUCAGUAUUUAAGUAUACAGAUACUAGUGGGCACGGAGAUUGAUUAAGUAAUUAGAAUGAUCUCAUUUGCAUGUACAUAGACUGGGUCCAACUUAUAAUCAUAUCAGAGAGGAAAAGAUAUACUCGGCUAUUUAGGAUUUCAUUGGUUAAAGAAUAUUUCUAUAAUCAUCUUAGCUUCAGCCUUUGCAAUGUUUUGUCCCCUACCACAUUGUGACUAAAUAUUAAUCUACAUUGCUCCAUUACGCUAACUUUGCAAACACUCUUCCUCUGAGACUAUUUGCAUGAGAACUUUCAUACUUGGUAGGUUUGUUUGUCAUUAUUGGUAGUUAACUAUAUUUUACCACCACAAUUGGACUUGAAAUUUUUUGCCAAAGUUAUGGGACUUUUUUUUAUCAUUUUCAACCUAUUGUAGCAUAAAGACACCUUAUGAAUGCUACUUAUCUGGGCAAUAUGUCAUAAAGCUUUCAUACAUAUUGACAAUAUCCUUCCAUUAUGUGUAGUUGACCAAUUUGAAUUAACAACUUUUGCAAGAGUUUAGUUACAUUGAAUUUUCUUUUUUGUUGUUGUUAGCAUAAUGACAACUUGUAAAUGUUACUGCUCUGAUACCAUAAGUCUGAAACUUAUUUUAGUUAUCGAUUGAUUGUCAUUAUGGGAAGUCAGUCCAUUUACAUUGCCAGUUUUAUUUGAAAUUUUUGCUAGAGAUAUGGCCCUUUGUCAAAAUUUGACUUUUAAAGUAUCUUGACACUUUGAGAUCAAUACUCCUCCCAGACCAUUUGCCAAACAUUUUUGUUCCUUUGUAGGAUUUUUUGGGCCUAUUGUAACACAAUGACACUUUAUGAAAUAUUUCCCUCCGAGUCCAUUUGCCCAUGCAUAAUAUCUGAAAUUGUUAGUCAUCAUGUCAAGUUGACCUCAUUGAGUUCACAAUUUUUGUGGGAAUUAUUGGUCUCGACAAUUUUCAGCCUAUUGUAGCUUAAUUAAAAAUUGCCUUUUGUUUGCUUAUAUGCCUUAAGUUGUCUAAUACCAAUUUAGUCACCAUUCAGUGCAUUUUAAAAUCAAGUAUUUAGCCAAAAUCUAAACAAUAGUUCAUUAAUUCUCAAAAUGACCACAUUCUAAUAGAAAUGGGAACCAUAAGGGGGUAAUUACAAAAGCUCCAAACUGUGAUGAUCAUGUAAUGUGUGUCAUUGUAGCAAUAUACUUGUGUAUUUGUGAAUUAUAAGCAAUGGAGACAUUUUGCUAAUAUUAAGUAUUAUUUUAGAUUUUGUUUCAGAAUUUUUUUUUCACAUUUGCGUGCAGGUUUUUGAUUAUAUCUUCCCGCAUUCAUUUUACAGGUAACACAGCUGAAAAUAAAGAUAAUUGGAAACUUAUAUUUCAACCCAUGCUCACUUCAAUGAGCAAUUUUAUUCAGCAUAUCUAUGUAUUUAUGUGUUUCUUGACACUAUUAUAAAAUUUCAAAUCACCACAUAUAUCAAACUAAUAGGGCUUGAUACACCAGCAGUAGUUCAGCAAGUACCAACAUGUAAAAUCAGAACUUUUAUUUUUUAGCUUGUAUGUUUUUACAUUUUUAUCUGUAUAUAUAUUUCCAGGACUGAGUGUUUGUGCAUAAUAAAUUUGACAUAUCCUUCUUUCAAUCUCAUUUACACCUCCUCAUUGGUGAGCAGGGGACUUUAACUAAUGGAAAAGUACUUAUAAAUAGUUAAAUAGAUAAAUUAUAGUUAAAUAAAAAAUUAUAUAAGUAUAAUCUUCAUGUAUUUACCUGGGUUUACCUGUAAAAUAAAUGCAUGCAAAUGUUAUCAAAAGCUGUGCACAAAUGUAAUGCACUGGUGGGGUAAGUGAAUGUGCUUACAAAGGUUCUUUAAUUGUUUGCUGUAUUUAAUUUGAAUAAACUUGUUUCAUCUCUA